ACACACUCAGCGUCAGCGGCCAUGGGGCAAAGCGCCUCACGUCGCAUCCGCUCUCAACAACCACAAACCACUCAACAAGAUGAACCACGACCACAACGACGCCCUCGGAAUAUUCGAAAUAGUCUACUCAGUUUGAUGAGUAGCAAUGACGGAAGCGGUGCUAAUAGACGCGCAUCUCGACGGUGGUCAAGAGCUCCUCAACAACCAGCAGCUCCCAAACCGGAGGCUGCUGUUGUUGUGCAGCCAGCUGAUGACGAAGAUGAGGAGGAGCAAGAGGAAGAGAGUGUCGAGCUUGUGGUUGAUCCUCCAGAACCAGAUAUUGACGACAACAACGAAAGGCCAAGGACGCCUUUGCCACCGGCAACAGUCACCCCGCUAACCCCAGACGUCCCUCCGAUACGUGGAUUCCCGCCAGCAGGCACCCUUGUCAUUGUUCAAGGCGUUGUGCAUACAACCGAUAUUCUCCGGCCACCAUCUCCAUCUCAAACAGCCCCGCCUGCUAUCUCAAACAGCAGCAUUGAUGUACUCGGGACUCUUCUUACUGUCGCUGCACAGGCCACUGCCGCCUCUCUGCUUAGUGGUUCGACAAACAACACCGCCUCUCCCACUCAUCCUUCUCCGCAAUAUCAGCCUCCCAGCGCCAGGCGUAGGCCAUGGAGUGCUCUCCGUGAAAGACUCGGUCCAACAUCGCUUCCCGCUCUCCCAACCCCCGCACCUCCAACACCAACACCAGCAGCUCCAAACGCUUCCCCACAAGAUGAACGGGCCAGGAUGUUAGCAGAGAUGGCAAGAGCGUUCAACGUCGGUCUUGGGUUGAGUCCACCCGCACCAAAUUCAAGCCCACCCAACAACAAUGCAGAGGAUAACAAUACAGAGUCGAGAGAGGAAGCUGAUCCCCCAAUGGCCGCCCCAGAAGAGGGCACAUUUGAUCGUUUUCUUGUCGAUUUACAAUCAGAAUUGCGAGUGGCAUUGGCUCCAGAAAGAAACAACUCGGCUAUGCAGGACGAGGACUCGAGACCAUACACGACCCCGCUGCCCGACUCACCCACACUCGAACCCCUUUUGGAAUCAAACGAAGAAAUUCCGGACCUCAUGUCUAUUGAAAACGUGAAUUCCGAAGAAUCGACCGCCCCAGAACCGAGAGACGAUCGGUCGAUUGUUGAGCCACAACCACAAGACUCGAUUAGCCCAGAGCAAACGGAAUCGACACCAAUACCACAUCCUUCUGGCACUAGUCCCGGCGCCGUCAACUGGUGGCGACUGCAUCGAUUCGCGGCUAUUCCUGUUUUAGCGCGGUCUCCUACGCCACCGCCGACGUCAAAUUCUUUAGUACCAACUCCAUUGGAGGAGCAACCAUCGUCUGUGCCAGACUCCCCACCGUCACCAGAGACUUCGUCUUCACAGCGAACUGUUGUCCCCGUCAUAAUUGUGGGCCUUCAGAGUGUCCAAGUGGCAGCUGGCGUAGGCCCUAGUUUCCCGGCUCCUGUGCAUUCUGAUGUACCGAACGAUGGCAUCCAUGGUGUCAUACCCAUGCGUUCCCCUGAAAUAACUUCGCCGUCAGAAACCGUAUCUACCAGGCGGAGGAGUUGGUGGCAACCUCGUUUGCGACCUUCCUCAACCGCAACUCCACCUCCAGCGCAAACAACAGCAACAGAGGAAGAAGCGGAUACCGAGGACAUCGUUGCAGAACUUGAAGUCGAUGAUGAGCCAGAAGUCGACACAAAUUCUUCCUCUUCACACCAAAGCCCCUCUCAAUCGUCUCCACCUAGCAACGCAGCAACGACAGACUCUUCGCGCACUUUCUUGAUCUAUGUCAUCGGGGGGUAUUACCCUCCUGAACAUGGCAUCUUAACGAGUGGGGGGACACCGGAGUCGUUUGAAGCGCUCUUGGAGCUGGGGGAGUUACUAGGCCAUAUUCGGCCACCGACAGCGUCCAAGGCGGACAUAGCGCGUGCGGGUCUGGCGAUAGUCAAACGAGACGAGUUGGAGGGUCUAAGUGUCACUGCGAGUUGCGCUGAGAAGUGUCUUAUAUGCCUGGACGACUACACGGAGGAGGACCCGAUAAGGGUUCUGAAUUGCCGACAUGCUUUCCAUCAGGGUUGUGUUGAUAAAUGGCUUGAAACAGGGCGGAAUAACUGCCCUGCGUGCCGGACGAAGGGUGUGCCCACGGAGAACACCGGUUUUGGCUCUGGCAAUGUCACUGCACCAACGCAGGUUUAA